UGGAAAGCUGGGAAAAGACGAAGAAGGUCACAGGUAGAGUAUAGUUGACGCGUUGGAACGGCAUCUAGCAGAUUGCUAUAGUAUUUGUGACUGUGGCAGCGGUGGAUUAUGGAACCACAACAGAGCACGGCUAUAAUGAUUCCCACUCCGUCGCAAAAUGAGUAAGUACUUUGCGAAACGCAAGAGACACGGACGGACACGGUACCACCUAUUCACUUUGGUAUGCCUAAAGAGCAUGGAAGGGCUUGAAAAAAAAUCUAUCUAGAAAUUAGGACUACAAAUCCUUUGAUACGCACAAGAAGUACAUGUGCUGCGAGCAUUCCUGGAGCGCAAGAAACCUUUCAAUCUCGGGGGGUCAUAAAAGCUCCUCCCCUCGACUGCACGUCAUCCCAGCCACCCAACAGUGAGGCGAGCGCCUUCUUUUCUCUCUCUCUCUCAGUUGAAGGUUCUGUUUGGCGCCGUCCGUCCCCCGUCCGACACAGCAGUCAACUAGAGUCACUGAAUAAAUUUAUGCAGUGACUCUGUAGCGGACCACUUGCCUUGCUGUUUCGCCGCAACAUAUAUGAUUCUUGGCAGUCAAUAAAAAUACUCGAUAAUCUGACGUCACCGCACGCCAACAGAACUGGGAGAGACCACUGCGUGCACCCUUUUAAACUCAUUUUCUCAGCAAUUGCGUGCUUUCCAAAGGAGAUACAGCGUGCGUGCAGAUAAGGUAGUCCUACAUUCAUGCACGUAACGUAUUCCUUGCUUCCCGUACAAACUUCCGGUGACGCACAUUUAUGCCAUACAAACUACCACCACCACCAACAACAACAACAACAACAAAAAAAAAAAAAACUGUAACCAAACUCUGCGUCACAAAAAACGUUUGCCACGCAAACUUUGCUCUCCGUGUAUCCUGAACUGCAUCUAUAGCGAUGUCAGAGUGGCUGUUUCGGCACAGCUGCGUCUGGGUGCCACCGGUGCACAAACCGAAACGACACCUCAUGUGGAUGUGUAAACGCGGGCGUCUUUGAGAUUCACACCUAACGAAGUGUGUACUUUCCUUUAAGUGGAUGGUUUUCUGUCUCUCUGGGGAUACUUAUGGCACGUUUCUGCACCGGUGGCACCCGGCCCUAGCGGUAGUGCAACGCAACUGCGCCGAGACCGCCACGUCCCACUGCACGGAGAGUAAAGUUUGUGUGUUUUUAUGUUGAGUUUCAUCGCACAAAAGUGUCGUCGUGUGCCACCGGAAGUUCGUACGGUAAGCGAGAACGCGUUACGCGCGAAUGUGUGUGACUACUUUAUCUGAACACACCCUUUACUUUGCGUGACAGUUCCUGAAGGUAUAGUGCGUUCGAUGUGCCUUCCAUGCAAUUUUAAAGCACUGCAACUCGCGCUCCUGUGUUAUGUUAUAUAGUGGAGCAAGUGCAUGCAAAAUGGUUCGUGCAUGGAAAUGUCUCUUGGCUCACGUGCCAUCUCGGCUCUUUGUUAGUCUAGAAAACGUGGCUGUGAUGUCGUAGCGAUGCUUAGAGCAUCAUUGGUAUCUAUCCGUUAAAGGCGGCGUUACCGUGCCGCGCUCGGGUCAACGUUUCAGCUUUGAAGAGAUUCAGCCUAUCAAAGCAAUAAAGGUAAAAGAAACGUAAAGGUCAGCGUAUCUCUCUUAGCAUUAUAAUUUUACUUUUAGUUACUUGUGCGCAAAAGAAAAAGUCAUCAUCAUCGUUCUUGAAAUUCGCGGAGUGAAGCGCGGAAAUGCAAUGAAAUGAAAGCGCGGAAAUAAAGCUAGAGUCUAGCUUCAUCCUCCUGAUCGAUCCUCCGCUUUUUUUAUACGAAUUACUUUUUAUAAUGGUCGCAACCAAGUCACAUUAGCCUACAAUCUCAUAAUUCGCACAUCGUACUGCAUUUUUACCACCUGCUGCGCAUAUGAAGAACGUGCCAAAAUGCAAAUGCCCACAUUGGAGAACGUAGAAAGAGAAUGCAAACACGCGGGUGCUAGGCUAUAGUGUUGGCAACGUAAGAAUGUACACGUUGUUUCGUUUGUUUGUGUAUGCCCGUGUCCAUAUUGCCCCCGACUCAGGGAAAUCUUACUAACAGCAUAAUAUAAUGAUGCUGAAAGAAGGAAGUCACAGAAAAGGUUAGCCAGCUGUAGGAGUCGAACCUAUACAUCUCCUGGAUUACUGGAUUUUGUAUGUAUUUGGCCUUUCUAUGUGUUCCAGCCUCAGAACAUCAAUUGUCUAGUAGCCGAUACAUGGUAGUCCAACAUGAAUGCACAUGAAAAUACGUUCCUCCGAGAGAGCUCGGUUCGGUUUUGUUGCUUCGAUCGCUUUGGUGCUGCUCGGGACACUCCUGAUCUUCUUCCUCGUCUAUCCCGAAAUAGUGCGAGGAGAGAAGCUGGAGCUGAUGGACGAAAGCGGUGCAGCUGGAAGUCUGAAAGAAAUGAAAGAGGGAAGCGUCAAUGUCCAGCCCACAAUGGUCUGGAGGAUUGUCACCACGGCCAGUAAAGGCGGCAGCAACACCACGCAGAAACCCAUGACCAGGAAGCCCCUGGUGUGUUCCAUGGGAGCCUACAACGUGACGCUAGCCCAGUUACCGGAAGACGGGCUCUGCGAGUUUCUCUUCUUGGAGUCCAUAGAAAUGGAUUCCAGCAACAGCCUUGAUGUCCCGCAUUGGUUCCGAGUCCGUGCGAAAGCAGCCAACAAGACUGCAUUUGGCCUUUCCCUGCGACAUGGACUGGCGGGACACACGAACCUUGGGCUUCAGACCAACAACGGUCAAGCGUCCUUCUGGAAUCUUUGGGAAGACAGCAUUCAGCAUUACGCCGUUCUGCGCGUUUACAUCGGCAACAAUGUCACCAAUUCUAACGUGGGAGACAUAAUCAAUUUAUUAACGACAAUAAAGUGGCUUCAGGACAACGCCAGAGUUGACGAUCCUGAGGAGCUUGGCUACAUCUUCUUGGGUGUCACCAUCGUCAGUCGCGGAGAUGACGAUAAAAAGCGGAAUGUUCUGGAUCUCUUCAAUGUGAUAAUUAAUGAGUCGCCACUUGAUGCCCUGGUCCUUCAGCCACAGUACUACGCGGACCAUAGUGCGGAGCCCAACUGCAGAGUGACGGGUCACAGCCACUGGGAGGGAUACUUCUACAGUGAUCAACCCACUUACGUGGAAAUGCUAGACUUCCUCAGAACAGCGACCUUUCCCAGACAUUUGGUGUUGGUGCUGUCGGUGAGCAGGGCUGCACUAUUGCACGGAACGCUCGGUGAAGGAAGUUUCAGUGGCUUCGAGGCUGAUGGGGAGCGCUGUGUCAAGCGCAAUCCCGGGGAAAGUUUCAUUGCCCCACCUAGCAAGUUAUGCAGCGUACCAGAGUACUCUCCAGGAGCGACGUUCAUGUCUGCACAAUCUCUCCAAAUGUACUCCUUCGUUCCGGCUCGUCGAUGGCUCUUCGUCUUCGACAAUCACGACACAGUUAAACGGAAGAUGUGCCGCGUUCAUCGCUCGUAUCCCCAUUGGACCUUCGGCUGGGCAAUGAGCGAAGUUGAGCUUUCUGAGGACAGCAACGCCUGUACAUCGUCCCAUAAUCGCACGAGGUUUUCUCUAUUGAGGACCUUGAAGCGGUACAUCAAUAUGACCAUCUUUAAUGAAGGCGAUGUUUGUUAGCCGUACACAACCCUGUUGUUGUGUGGGCCAUAGAUGAAUUGACACAUUCGUGCGGUACUUCUGUAAUAAAAGACUUUCUGUAAACACAAAGCACAA